AUGUCAUCAAUCGUAGGAAAGCCACCGAAAAUGCAUGAAUGGGAGAAAACUGGCUGGAAGCGUCUAAUCGGGAAUGUACCAUCGAAGACUAAUGAGCAAAGACGCCGUUCAAAGAAAAAGCCUUGGCUACGAUCUAAAAGAGGCAGUCUGAUUGGUCGUAAUGAAGGCUAUUCCAGUAGCGACUCUCUCAGUUUAGCUCGACCUUAUGGAUCUGUAUAUAAAAAUGGCCGAAUUAGAGGCACCAGUUCAAGUGAAAAGAUGGCUCGCAGCUCCUCAAUCUUUGUUGAAGUUGAAAAUGAUGGAGACGAUCACACAGCUAUGUCUCAACUUCUAGUCCAAGUCACUGAUCUUCUUGCAAAUCCUCAGAAUGAAGAUAUGUCCCUGCAGCUUCGGCUCUCACCAGACAUCCAAAAAACUCUCGAAAGGGAAAUGUGUCAAAUACCCGAACAAGAACAAUCCCGACAACUUCCGACACUUAAAGAAAUUCUUCAAAUUAGUUCCUCAUCAAGAAAGUUUCACCCAACAAAUACUCAAGAACUACAUCAGCUUGAAAAUGAGCUAUUUACAUUCCUUUCAGGGCAGAGAGGUGAAAAAGAUCUCGAUCCACAAGUCACCCUUCACAGGUGUCUAUCAUCACGGAAGGUCAAGCCUCCAUAUAAUCGCCUCCUACAGCUUCACCUCCAAUCCCUUCUACAGCAUCCUGUUGUUCAAGAGGAUGAAGAGACAAAAAGUGGCAUAAUAAAAUUCAUUCAACGCCUAGAGACAUCUCCAGGGGGUAUUGAACUCACAGAUGUUGAUGCGGAUUUCCUUCUUGAAGUGAUAACGAUGACCAAUGCAUCUAUAUUUAGCCCUGUAUUUACUCCUCCUAUCAUUUUUAAUCACCGUGAAUCUCCAAUUAUGCUAGUAGCAAUGGAAAUAGCGAAUAUGAGCGUGGAAUUGCAAAAGCUUGCAGAAUCCGGAGAAAUUGUAUCCGAUACCCAGAAGAACAUCCUCGAAGAAACUCAAAACCUUACUACAGCUGGAAUGAAUCAGUCUUGUUCAACAGCCAAAUUCUACAGCAGAGUUAUUCCUCAUCAAGAGAGAGAGCAACUGUUUGAUCUUGUUUCAGAUCUCCAAAGAGAUUCAAAAUCCACUCCAAACUAUCGCAUGUCUAAAGAUCAAGUAACAAAAUUGUCUAGUCUUGCGAGUCGUCUUGGUGAAAUUGCCCUGCUGUGUGCAAAGUUCAAGGUGGCGAAAGCUUAUCACAUCGUCAAGAAUAGAUUCCGUCUUUCAACAAUGAAUUUUCAGCGAAUCUGUGUCAUUGGAAAAAAUGAUCAGGAGGUAAUCAGAGAUGCUCUGUUAUUGAUUAAUGCUGCUGGUAUUGCGAAGCACUCUGAGAUGGCUGGAUUUGUUAAUUUAUUCAACUCCGAAUUUGACGUUGAAUUAGUGAAGACAGAUGCUGAGUUUCUUGAACAUCUUCUAACGUGCGGUAUCGAUUUUCAGACUCAUCGAAUCAGUCCUUGGCCAUCCACUGAUCAUUCGAUUAAAUCAAUUUCAAUCACUGAUGACAAUGAAAAAAUCAUCCAUCCGGUGAAUUCCUCAGUGGUUCGAAAUCCAUUCGCUCGAUCCAAAACCCCAGAACUUUCUAAUGCACCCGACUCCAUAAUAAGUGCUUUUUUCGACACCACGGAUAAAAACACGUAUGAGAAUGACACUCUCAUUAAACCGACAGAAAUUAGUUCAACCUUAACUACUGCGGUCUAUCAAGAUGAUUUCAAGUCAUCCCUUUCUGAUAUUGUCAGUACCAGGAGAACCCUACCACCGAACGAUGCUCAGUUCUAUUUCAAAUUAAUUCCUGAAACACUGAUGCUAAGAAAGGCAAUAUCAGAUAUGCAGAGAAGUCCAAGUCAACUCUUCGCUUCCAAGUUGGCACCUUUCCAAAUCAUCCAACUCUGUGACUGUGUACGUAAACUCAGUUCUGUAGAGCCUCAUUCAGAAGAUGCUAAGCUGAUCAGAAAACUCUCGCUUGAGGCUAAUAGGCAUUUGAAAUUCAAAUUAAAAGCGAAGACUGUUGGCCGUCUGAAAAAUUUCUAUCAUCGCAUUAACGAACCAGUCUUUCAGAGCGGUUCACUUAAACUCGGUCAUGUAAUUGAGGAACAGAAGUUUGUUCCAACAAUGGGGGAAGUCAAUCUGAAUGCUGAAAACACUUUCUAUGAGACAGAAAUAUGUUCUUCAGCACUCUUCGAUAGAACAGAUUCCUUGUCUCUAUUCUUCUUGGAAUCCAUUAAAAACCGAUGUAUGAUAAGAUCAGGCAAUACAGUUAAUUUAUCCGAAUCCGAGUUUAGCAAUCUCUUAGCACUUGCACAAGAAGCAAACGAUGGGAUAGAAAUCCUCAAAAAUCAUUCUUCCCCUGGGGAUAUACCAGGAGAUAAUGUAGCUCGACUUUUAUGCCUCUACAAAAUAUGCGCUAUUAUCAAGACAGAAGACAGUUCAGUAUCCAAUCAAAUCUGUAAAAGGUUACUAUGGAAGCACAUCCUGACCCAGUUCUUCAACUUUUAUCCCGAAAAGGCUCUGAAGUCUCCAUUUUCUCAUGUUGCUUUCAAUAUUUUCAUUGAAGAGUCCGACCACUUACCAGAUAAUAUCCGAGAAAAUGCACUUGUGGACAUUCAAAAUCUUAUUGAAGCAACAGAGCGGACUACAUAUUUCUCGGUAGACGCUGUAAAUAAUCUCCUUAACCCGAAAACCAAGCGUCAGAAAGUAAUAGAAGCUUUGAAGUCAAAAUUGGUUGUUAGCUCAAUGAACAAUCGUCAACUUAAUUGUGAUCCUUAUACUGUUGGAAUGUGGAUAUCGGAGCUGGAAUCUCAACCGAAUGAACCACUGUCUACUUUCCUUGCAAACAAUUCAGUUGACGAUGUCAAGCAAUUCCUUCUCAUGCAGCCAGAAACUCAAGAAUUGAAUGAAACUUCGUUGACUGACAAGUUGAUUUUCUCUGGCUCGGAUGAAAGCCUUGCCAGCUUUGAACCUUCAGAGCUGACAAAGAUAGCAUCGCAAACAGCUGGCAUCGGUCAAACUUCUCCAAGGUCGAAUCUUCUUUAUGCUCUAUUGCUUGAAACUCUAGUCAAAAGGUUCGAUCAACCAAGGAUAUUUGUAAACCGUGGAGUCUUCGCAGAAAUCCAAGGACUUUCUAAUGAUCAAGAAGUAGAGGAAGCUGAUGAUGAAACAAAUUUGAUGGAAGAUGCUCAAAAAUAUUUGACAGAUCUCUUACUUGAUCAAAAUAAGCUGGUCUCACCACAGCAAUAUGAAGAAGCUGUAAUGAUUCUUCAAGAUAUACUCUCACAAAAGCCUCCAUAUUUGGUCGACCUAGACGGUCUUAAGAGUAGAGUUGUCUACCUUGAGACUAAAGUUGACGUAUUCCUCAAGUCGGAUAACUGUCUUCUCUAUGCCAUUGCUUCAUUGCGUGGUUUUCGAGCCAAACUCAUUUCGCAGAACGCACAACAUACAGUCCAAACUGAAUUGCUAUUCAUUCUAAGUGUUGCUCGAAAUUAUAUCCCAAAUGAGUCGUCCCUCUACCAGGAAAUUUCAAAUCAAAUUAUGCAACUCCGACAAGGAUUAUUUGAUGGUUCAGCAGUCGAUAUAAAUCUUAAAGUAAUAGAACAACUAUCAAUAAGUCUGGAUGGAAAAUUAACCAAUAUUUUGAUCAAAACAAUUUCAGAAUGCUUUGCUCAAUUAUCGGUGAUUGGAUCAGUUGUCGAUCUAAGUUUGUGGGGCACUCUACAGUUUAUCUGCAUUGCUGUGGCCAUGCUACACGUAGACCUUGAAGCAAAAUUACUGGCAAUCCUUCUAUGCAGACCUAUCAGUUCAUUGUCGGCCGAAACAAGUUCAACGGUCCAAGCGAUUUUGGUUCAGAUUUCAGAGUGUUUGCAAUCUAAUAAAGAAAUCAAGAGCUCAAAACAUGUUAGACUAUUGUCCGCCUUACUUCCAAUUUCCUUGGAUUCAGCUGAUGUCCAGUCAAGUGUGGAAUUUGACAAAUUUUUAAUAACAAUUUGUGUUGCAAAUGAGUUGUCCAAUGAAAUUGGCGGAUUAGUUAGCUCAAAGCUGUAUUACAAAUUAUCUGAAAUAUUCUGGACGGUAUUCUUUAAUCAAGAACAUUUAACUCCACAUGGUGUCUUUGGUGAUUUUCACAAAUGGACUUCUGUAAAGACGUCUGAAUGGCUAGAAGCAGAUCACCGAAGUUCCGAAUUCUUUGCAAAUUUGUUCUACAAAGCACCACAAUUUUCUCUUGAUCAAACUAGAAACGGUCAACUUCCAAUCGAAUUUCAAGAAGAUUUCUCUCAAAUGGAGUCUUAUUUCAGUCUACUUCAAUCUCUCCUUGUAGUAACGGUGCUCAGUAAAUUUACAGAUUCACGCGUACUGCUCACAAAGGAACAACUUGUGACCCUCUAUCACGCAGCUGUGAUCUGUAUUCACUCUGGACACUUUCACGGGUGUCUUGAGGCGAUCACAUGUCUACUUUACCUCUUGAACCGAAUAGAAAAGUACUAUUCAGUCGACGAUGAACAGAUUCAGUUGAAGAGUGUAAACUUUGCUGAUCCUAAUAUACAAACCCUGGCUGACUCAGCCCUAAGUGGUGCAGAGAGAAGCACUGUUGAAAACCUUCGAUCUCAUAUAGCACCAGUAAUUCUUCCUCUUGGAAGUGAAGCAGGAGUUCCUUUUAUGUCUCCAGAUCCUGUAAUAGUAAGAGAAGGUCUGGAAACCAGCUUGUGUGGAUACUUUUUAAUCAGCUCCACUGAUGCUCUCUCAGCAUUCAGAAUUAUCAGUGAACUUCAGUACUCCAAACUCUCAACAACAGAUCUUGCCAUAACUUGUCGAAUAAUAAACUAUCUGUUCAAGGAUGAUGACAGAAGAUUCAGAAAUCCCAUUGGACGAACUAGUGGUUGUGUGAUUGAUCUUCCAAAUGAUAUGACUCCAUAUAUGGCAAUUGAGGCAGCUGUGAAUAAUCUGAAUGUCUUUUCAAAUAUUGGAGGCUUGAAAUCUGCUAAGGAGGUUGAAAUAUUCCUUAAAUCGCUUUUUGUCCUCUCUUCGAAUGUUACCUGUAAGGAUUAUGGAGAACAGUUACUCUCUGAAAUCAUUGUAUCUUCUCCCAGUGAGACAUACUCUAACUACUCUGUAAAAAAUAAUAAUAGAGCUGAUGCCCUGCAAACUAUUGAAACUUCACCUCUACUGCCGAAGAUUUCCAAGGAAACAUCGCCUGAAGAUGAUCGAACAUUAUUGGAUCCCGUUCAGUUGGAUAUCAAGACUCUGAUUGGUCGAAUUGACGAAAGUGCUGAUGAUAUGAUAAUCGAAAACUUGCUAGACGUCUAUCAUCAUUCCCGCUUACUCCUACAAAGCGGAAAAUCGGAUAGAUACUCGACUCUAACACUUAUCAAAAUCAUUCCAUCAUUCGGCUGCAUAUUAUCUUCAAAUACGCAGGACUUAACUGAGUCACAAAUUAGAGUUCUUAAGGAGGUUUCUUUGGAAUGCCUACAUCGCCUUCGCAAGCGCUUCCGAGAAUUUCUACCGAAUGAAAGAGAAGAACUGACGCUGAAAAUGCUGUAUGGCUAUUUCAGUGCUAGGUUACCAACCAAGACCAAUGUAGCUGUUGCCUCACAAAGACUACUUGCUCUUCGAAUUACAAGAAUCAGACGGAAUCUCACGAAAAAAGAGUUUAGAUCAUUUGUUAACGAUAAUCUUCUAUCAGAUUCCGAAAAAUGCAAUCCUGAAAUGAUGAUCCUCGCCAUUCAAGCAGCUGAAAAAUCCCUUGAAGGUUUCACGCUAAACUCCGUGGAACAGAUCUGUCUGCUUUAUUCAAUACCUCCAGAAGACAGCAUUAUAUUUGCCGAUUUGGGUUCGGCUAUUAAUUCAAUGGAAGUUUGGCCUACUCAUUUAACUUUGCAACAGAGACAAUUUCUUGAAAAUAAACUUCGCCAAUGGACACAGACUAUAGGUGAUUCGAAUGAUUUUUCACAAAUGAGAUCUAUGGACCCAAAUAAGAUUUUUAUGUUGGCUUCGGCUAGAAUGUUUGUUGGAACACCGAAAAAUGAAGUUUUGAAAUUAAUAAAUUCAUAUUCUGGAAAUGCCGAUGACUCAAAACUUCAACAACUGCGAGAUUCUAUUGAAGCUUCAGCUGAAGAUUUUGAUGAAAGUGUUGGAUUCUUGAAGGACAAGCUUUCAAAUGGCUAUCUGGAUGAGUUCACGACCUUAAUUGGCUCAGAUGCUCUCAAACUUAUCAGCGGUCUUAAACAAAUCUCUCGUGACACUGAUUGGCUAGUUUCAAAUCAAGAAAUGGUGUCUGCAGCAUGCCAGCGUCUUUAUCUUGCUCUCGCCUGUACUUCAGCAGUUGAAGAUAAAGACGCCAAAAUUGAACUUCCACGUAGGUAUUUACAUUUCCAUGAGCUGGUUCCAAUUCUCAGUUCUCGUUUUCCGAAACGAAGAAGCGCCUAUACCUCUACAGAUUCAGUAAGAGUUCAACCCCAGGAUUUCCAUUUACCAAUUUAUAAAUCCCGUCCAAUAAGUAUGCAUUCAAUAGAAACCAUAGCUGGUAGCUUAAAAUCUUUGCAAUCUCGGAUAAUUAAUAAGGGAUCUAAUCUUGGCCUGGACUUUUCUGGACAUUCGACACCCUUCAAGCGAAGCUCACUGAAUCAUCUCCAUGAGCUCAUUGAAAUCCGACGAGCAGUAGUAGCUGGAUCCAAAUCAGAGUUAGAUCACAUUGAAUACGGACUUUCUCGAUCAAAUCGUGAAGCUCCAAAGAUGAAAUGCAGAGUUCCCGAUAAAUUGGAUUUAAGUCUACUUCGAAGGCGUUGUGAAGAGCACACAAGGCAUCUAAUUCAACGCGCCAACUAUGAACAAGAACAAUCGGAGUUAUUUUGUAGUGUAAUGGCCCACAAUCUCAGACUAACUUCACAGAGAACUUAG